GGUUCAAAUAAUACAAAAACUGGAAAUGAACGCGAGGUAAAGAAAGAUUUGGUCAUGCGCAGUAAACCUCACUGAGGAAUUACGACAUAGUUGGAUCGUGUCGUGUUGACCGAUACCUUCCUCUGAAUCUCCCACACGUUGAUGAAGUUCUUGCCCAGCUGGGCGGACAGCAAGUACUCCCCGUUCAACACACACAACGUCCGGGCCGAGCUGUUCCCCCCGCGGUAGGACAGCAGGCUGGAGCCGCUGUGGACGUCGAACACGGUGCUGUUCCACAGCUGCGAGUUGGAGUCGCUGCUCACGACCACUUCCAGCGGCGCCGCCAUCUUGCCUUGCUUCACAACAAGCAGGGAUGGGCGGAUACACAAUGUCGAUGUCAAAUAUAGUAUUGUUAGCGAGGAGGAGGUCGAUAUUUUUUCCAAUGAAAAUUGUUGUAUGGUUCAUACUGUUAUAUUUAUAUAUGGUUGUAAUGCUUACAAAGUCAUUUUCGGGCAAAAAGACUGUAACCUAUUUUUACGGGCUUGCCUCUUUGUGAUGUUAAGUUCCUGUUAUAAGCUGUUAUACAGUAUAUGCCUUGAGCUCUUAUUUUGAAGGCGCUAAGAGCGGAAGUGGUGACACGUUGUAGUGGAGCGGAGGUUUUUGAAAGAAAGGAAAUAAAGUGUCCUCGUGUAAAACUGGAGCCUCCGUGUUUGUUAUUUUGUAGUUUUAUACAAUAUAGGCCACUUAUACAAACCCUCGGUUACAAGACCAAUGGAAUCGUUGUAAUAAUAUUGACAGUCUGUUUUUCUCACUUAUUAUGCGUGAGGAUGAUGCCACUGCCUCCCUUCCCCCAGGUCGGUGUGUGUCCUGAGUGUGUGAAGGCUGGCUGGCAGUGGGAGGACGACGCUCAGAUGAAGCAAGGCCGCGUCCCGCUGAGAGCCGACCAUGACCUGCUGACCCCGGACGCACGCGCAGGGUCCGGUGCCAAGCUCUGUCCAGUCCUCCAGCGGAGGUCAGGGGGCGUGGCUGUGGCCGUGGCGUCAGGUGAGCCGUCCGUGUCGACAAGAUCGAGUCCGACAAGUCGGCGUCUACGUUUUGAGGACGAGACCGAGGCCGAGGUGGACUCCCGCUACCUGGACCGGCAGAGACGGCGGACGAGCCAUCGAGGGGUGCGCGUCCUGGUCUGCAAGCCCAAACUCAGCCUGUACGUCAGCGGCGGGAGGCCGGAGGCGGGACACCAGGCAGACGGAGCCCCGGGUGCGAGGGGGGUUCCACUGGCGGUGGAGCCGAGUCCCGUGGUCACUAAGAAGCAGGUUCAGAGCCAGUAUAGACUGGACCUGUGGACAGAACCGAUCAAAGAAACUCACAUUGGUCAGGUCACGCCCCCUGACACCUACAGGAGAGAAAUUGCGAGUGGAAACCGAGUCCUUUUUAAGCCCCCGCCCAUCAAAGGACUGCCCGUAAAUCCCUACUCCCCUUCAGAACAAAGUCGGAACCAGGACCACGAGGAGCGUAGGGAGAAGAAUCCUUCUUUUGAUCCUAAACGCCACAAGUCAUCUCAACUAGCAGUCAACAAACAAAGCCCGCCUCCUUCCGGGAAUAACAAUGUCAGAGAGCCAAUGGGAGAAGACCUUCAUUUUCCUCAGCCAUUCGGCUGCAGACGUCAAGCGUCUCGUCUCUCCCUGCGUCGCCUCGUCUCCAGCGUAGUUUCACGCGGGACCCGAACCGGCAGCCUGGACCGCAUCACCGCGCGGUCCCCGCCACGCUCCUGAGCCGGUCCCCGCACGGACGGCCGCCCGCUUGCCGUGACUUCUCACUGUCGCGAUGCUAAUGCUGCUAACUCAUUGACGCGAGUCCGCCAUCGUGUGUGUUCCACUUUAUUGUUGAUCAGCUGCCGAGUGAUCACCACCACUUUAUUGUACUUCUUAAUCUUAGUGUCACACAUGUAAUACUUUCCAGAAACAUGUUAAUACGGCGUUGAGUGUCUUGAGAAAUGUUAUUAUCAUUAAUGCUGUUAGGGUGAUGUGUUGAAGCCAACACAAAUACGGAGGAGAAA